AUGAGAGUUGGAGUGCUCUGGCUUAUAUCGUUCUUCACAAUCACAGAGGGGCAUGGUGGCCUCCACCUGCUGGGGGUGAAUGAUGGCAUCAAAACAAAAAGAGAACUCAUUGUGAAUAAGAAAAAACAUCCAGGCCCAGUCCAGGAAUAUGAACUACUUCUUCAGAUGACCUUUAGAGAUUCCAAUGAGCAAAAGACCUUGAAGAAUUUUCUGAAGCUCUUGAAGCCUCCAUCAUUAUUGCUACAUGAGCCAAUGAGGAUUAUCAGAGCAAAAGCUACUACAUACUGUAGCAGCAUGAAUGGAACUCUGCGGUGUGUUUGUGAAGAUGGCUACACCUGGUUCCCUCCCACGUGCCUUGAUCCCCAGAAAUGCUUCCUUCAUACUUCAGGAUCACUCCAGAGCUGUGAAUGUCAUCUCAGCAACCUCAGCCAGAGUACCAAUUUCUGUGAGAGAGCAAAGAUUUGGGGAACUUUCAAAAUUAAUGAAAAAUUUACAAAAGAUCUUUGGAAUUCAUCUUCUGAUACAUACUCCAAAUAUACAACUGGAAUUGAAAUUCAACUUAAAGAAGCAUACAGAAGAGUUCAAGGUUUUGAGUCAGUUCGGGUCAUCCAAUUUCGAGAAGGAAGCAUCGUUGCUGGAUAUGAAGUCAUUGGUUCCAGCAGCCCAUCUGAACUGCUGUCAGCCAUUGAACAGGUAGCUGAGAAGGCUAUGGCAGCCCUUAACAAGUUGUUUGCACUAGCAGAUGGCUCUUUCAAAGUGUUUGGAAAAGCCCCGUGUAACAACAUUGUCUUUGGAUUUGGGUCCAAGAAUGAUGAGUACACCUUGCCCUGUAGCAGUGGCUACACUGGAAACAUCACAGCCAGGUGCCAGUCCUCUGGGUGGCAGGUCAUCAAGGAGACCUGUGUUCUUUCUCAGCUGGAGGAACUCAAGAAGAAUUUCAGUGCAAUCUCAGGCAAUGCUACCGAGGCAGCCAUGUCAUCCUUGGUACGAAAUCUUUCAGUCAUCAUUGAACAAAGCCUCUCAAGCACAGCCGGGAACCUAGCUUCAGUGGUGUCUAUUCUAGGAAAUGUUUCAUCUCUGUCAUUGGCAAAUCAUUUCAAGGUGUCUAAUUCUACAAUGGAGGAUGUCAUCAAUAUAGUUGACCAUGUCCUUAAUUCAACAUCAAUAACCAACUGGACAGUACUACUUCAGGAAGAGAAGCAUGCCAGCUCACGGUUACUGGAGACAUUAGAAAACAUUAGCACUCUGGUACCUCCAACAGCUCUGCCUCUGAAUUUUUCUAGAAAAUUCAUUGACUGGAAAGGGAUUCCAGUGACCAAAAGCAAACUCAAAAAGGGUUAUAACUAUCAGACUGCAAUGUUCUCCCCAAAUACCUCCACUCGUAUUAGAGGCCAGGUGUUAAUUGGGCCAGAUCAAUUCCAGAAGUCCCUUCCAGAAACUAUUAUCAGCAUGGCUUCAUUGACCCUGAGGAGCAUUCUACCCAUCAUCAAAAAUGCAAAGGUCAAUGGGCCUGUAAUAUCAACUGUUAUUCAUAAUUAUUCCAUAAAUGAAAUUUACCUCAUUUUUUCUAAGAUAGAGUCAAACCUGAGCCAGCCUCAUUGUGUAUUUUGGGAUUUCAACCAUCUGCAGUGGAACAAUGCAGGCUGCCACCUAGUGAAUGAAACUCCAGACUCAGUGAUGUGCCGAUGUACUCACCUGACCUCCUUCUCCCUGCUGAUGUCACCUUUUGUCCCCAAUGCCAUCAUCCCUGUUGUGCAAUGGAUUACCUAUGUGGGACUGGGUUUCUCCAUUGGGAGUCUCAUCUUAUGCCUGGUUAUUGAGGCUCUUUUUUGGAAGCAAGUCAAGAAAAACCAAACCUCGCACACACGUCAUAUUUGUAUGGUGAACAUAGCCCUGUCCCUCCUGGUUGCUGAUGUUUGGUUUAUUGUUGCUGCCACUGUGGACACCAUGGCAAAGCCUUCUGGAGUCUGCAUAGCUGCAGUAUUCUUUACACAUUUUUUCUACCUCUCCUUGUUUUUUUGGAUGCUCAUGCUUGGUAUCUUGCUGGCUUAUAGGAUCAUCCUCGUGUUCCAUCACAUGGCCAUGCCUUUAAUGAUGGCUAUUGGUUUCUGCCUGGGCUAUGGGUGUCCCCUGGUUAUAUCUGUCAUCACCAUUGCCGUCACACAACCUAGCAAUGGCUACAGAAGGAAAGAUGUGUGUUGGCUUAACUGGUCCAAUGGGAGCAAACCCCUCUUGGCUUUUGUUAUCCCUGCACUGACUAUUGUGGCUGUGAAUUUGGUGGUGGUGCUGUUAGUUUUAAUGAAGCUCUGGAGGCCAGCAGUUGGAGAAGGAACAAGCCAGGAUGAUAAGGCCACUGUCAUCCGCAUGGGGAAGAGCCUGCUCAUUCUGACACCUCUGCUGGGGCUCACUUGGGGCUUUGGCAUAGGAACAAUGGUGGAUAGCCAGAAUGUGACUUGCCAUGUAAUUUUUGCUUUACUCAAUGCCUUCCAGGGGUGUUUCAUCUUAUGUUUUGGAAUGCUCUUGGAUAGUAAGGUGCGACAACUUCUGUUGGACAAGUUGUCUCCAUUAAUAUCUUGGAAGCAGUCAUCAGAGCAAAAAACAUCCGAUUUAUCUACCAAACCCAAAUUUCCAAAGCCUUUCAACACAGUGAAACACAAAGGCACUUAUGCACUUUCUCAUACUGGAGACUCAUCAAACGACAUCAUGCUAACUCAGUUUUUAUCAACUGAAUAA